CUGCCGCUGGCCCUUUAAGCGCGCCCCCGCGAGCAGCCUACAAAGCCGAGAGGCGCUCCACUUUCCGCUCACUGGGGCGUUGUUGUGUGCUGCCGCCAAGAUGCCGAUGCUCGUGAUUAACACCAACGUGAGCCGCCAGGCCGUACCUGAGAGCCUGCCCGGGGAGUUGACCCAGCAGCUGGCCAAAGCUACCGGCAAGCCAGCCCAGUAUAUUGCGAUCCGCAUCGUGACCGACCAGCUAAUGACCUUUGGGGGCUCAGGCGAGCCAUGUGCCCUGUGUAGCCUACACAGUAUCGGCAAGAUUGGUGGGCCGCAAAACAAGGCUUACUCGAAGUUACUGUGUGAACUGUUUACUAAAUAUUUGCAGAUACCUGCAGACAGGGUCUACAUCAACUAUUACGAUAUGAAUCCUAGUAACGUGGGCUGGAACGGAUCCACCUUUGCAUAAGGCUCUCCCUAUGGGCCUGUUGUGUCCUUCAUGCGUCUCAGCCACCGCAGUCAAGCCCACCUCCCUAAUGCGAGCUCCUUGCUUGUCCCUUGCGUGCAUCAUUGUUGUAACAUUCCUUCAUACCAAAGGAAAAACAAUAAAAACCUAGAAGGAUGUU